AAUCAAAACCCUUGAGAGGUGAGAUCUUUCCCUCCCUCCUCUCUGAUUCCUUUCUUGGUAGAGUCUCCUACCGCAUUGCUCUUUUCCCCUUUUCGUAGAUCAAGAAAGAAACCACCUCCAUCCUCUUUGAUAUUUGCAAAGCCGAACAAAAACGUUGGAACCUUUCAACCUUAGUGAUUUUGUUUUUUAGUCUUACGGGAGUGGAAAAUUAAAGGGGGAAGGGGGUAAAGGACAAAAACAUUGCACUAAUUUUGACAAGUGACGCAACACUUUUACAGCCAUUGUUGUUUUAGUUCACAGAUGUCGUUCUUGACUGAAUGUAAAUUGUGAAGUUCCAUUCUUAUAGAAGCGUAUUUUUUCUUCUUUUGGGGGGAUAUUUACCGCCGGAAUUCGAUUUAUCUCUUCAAGAAUCUUCCCUUUUGGCUUGAAUUGACUUGGGCUUUUUUGUUUGAGUUUCAUGUGAUGGUUUAGUGUUGAAUUUUGGUGGGUAGUGGGGUGGAGUCACCUUUGUUCACAGGAAUUCAUGCGGUAACUCUUUUUCUUGGCCGCAUUCUUUACUGGGUUUCUCUGAAAAAUUCCUUUGGUGGUUCUUUUGUAGAAUACAGUAUUUAGAAGACUGUUUUUUCUGAACCCAGAGUUUUUCUUGCUCAAAUUCUCAUCUGGAUUUAUCUCAAAUUCCCAAGAUUUUACUAUUCGAAGAUAUAUGUUAAAUUCUUGGAAGUUUUGGGUUGUUGUUUAGGUCUUUUCUAAUUCUUAUGAUUUUCUGCGGAUAUGGUUAAUCAUAGCAAUGAUAAUAACAAUAGCAAUCAAGAAGAUGGAGAUAAGAACCCAUCAACCGUGUCUAAAGGUGGGGGUGGAGGAGCUACCAGGUCAUGGGGCACCACUAUUUCUGGUCAAUCCAUGUCGACCAGUGGUAGCAUGGGGUCGCCCUCCAGCCGUAGUGAGGCUGCGAUGGCAACUCCGGCCAGUGAUAGCACAUUUGUUCGGUUGAACAAUCUUGAUAUUCAAGGGGACGAUGCUGGAUCUCAGGGGCCAGCUGGCAACAGGAAGAAGAAGAGAGGUCAACGUGCAGUUGGAGGUGAUAAAAGUGGUCGAGGGCUCCGUCAGUUUAGCAUGAAAGUGUGCGAGAAAGUGGAAAGCAAAGGGAGAACUACAUAUAAUGAGGUUGCAGAUGAGCUUGUUGCUGAAUUUGCAGAUCCCAACAAUAACCUUGCAUCUCCAGACCAGCAACAAUACGAUGAGAAAAAUAUACGUCGAAGGGUGUAUGAUGCUUUAAAUGUGCUAAUGGCAAUGGAUAUAAUUUCUAAAGAUAAAAAGGAAAUACAGUGGAAGGGUCUACCUCGGACUAGCUUAAAUGACAUUGAAGAACUGAAGACUGAACGUCUAGGACUUAGAAGUAGAAUUGAAAAGAAAGCUGCAUAUCUGGAAGAGCUGGAGGAACAAUACGUUGGUCUUCAAAACCUCAUACAGCGUAACGAGCAACUAUAUGGCUCAGGAAAUGCUCCCAGUGGUGGAGUGGCAUUGCCUUUUAUAUUGGUGCAGACUCGUCCUCAUGCAACUGUGGAGGUGGAAAUAUCAGAAGAUAUGCAGCUGGUGCAUUUUGAUUUCAAUAGCACUCCUUUUGAGCUACACGAUGACAAUUACGUCCUCAAGGCGAUGAAAUGUUGUGAGAAACCACAAGUCGAUGGAGCAGGCACAUCCCAAGAUCUUCGCACCACGGAUGGAGGUGAAAGCUCGAGCAUGGCCCAUGCCUACCAGCCCCAAAUACCUCAUCCUUCCAGACCAAACAUAUCGGGUAGGCCUCCCACCUCACCACCUCUUCCUGGAAUAUUAAAGGCCCGUGUUAAGCACGAGCAUUAGUUCCGCCUCGUGAUUGCAUCUCUCAUCUCAUCUGUACAUCGUGUAAAAUAUGAAACGGGGAUCAGAUUUGAUGUUUCUAGCAAGAAAUACUUUGUACUGACCAGGAACAGAGCAGAAUUUAGUAGAAUUUGGUUAUCGUAACGAUGGAGCAUUUUGUUUAAGGUUGUAGGUUUAUUAAGAUAUAGGCUUCUUUAAUUAUUUCCUCAUGUUAUUCCAUUUCUCUGAAGAUCGUCCUAAUUCCUUUCCUGACUUGUGUU